AUGGCCAGUCAAAGACUAACUGGGCGCUUCAGAGGAUCAGAAACGCACAAAGUUUACAGGCAGAAACUGGAGGAAGUCACCAGCUUGCAGACGGCCUGCAGCAGCUCCAUACACCGGCAGAAGAAGACGCUAAGGGAUCUGAAGCACAGCCUGCAACGGUGCAAGCCCAGAGCGAGUCCUGAAGAGUUUGCUGUCAUUCAGGAGAUCAGCACCCAGAUCAAGGAGAGGCAAAAUGCCUUCUUCGACAUGGAAGCCUACUUGCCGAAGAAGAACGGCUUGUACUUAAAUCUGGUGCUGGGAAACGUGAAUGUAACUCUCCUGAGUAACCAAGCAAAGUUCGCCUACAAAGACGAGUAUGAGAAGUUCAAACUUUAUCUGACGAUAAUCUUGUUACUGGGGGCCAUCGCCUGCAGGUUUAUUCUCCACUACAGGGUGACAGAUGAAGUGUUUAACUUUCUGUUAGUGUGGUAUUACUGCACGCUGACGAUACGGGAAAGCAUUCUCAUUAGCAAUGGAUCAAGGAUCAAAGGCUGGUGGGUGUCUCAUCACUACGUCUCCACGUUCCUGUCUGGAGUAAUGUUAACGUGGCCAGAUGGACUCAUGUAUCAAAUGUUUCGCAGUCAAUUUUUAGCAUUUUCAAUAUUUCAGAGCUGCGUUCAGUUCCUACAGUAUUAUUAUCAAAGGGGCUGCCUUUAUAGACUCCGUGCUUUGGGGGAGAGAAACCACUUGGACCUUACAGUAGAAGGAUUUCAGUCCUGGAUGUGGCGGGGGCUGACGUUUCUCCUUCCCUUCUUGUUCUUUGGGCAUUUCUGGCAGCUAUAUAAUGCAAUCACGCUUUUUGGAUUGUCGAGGCAUAAGGACUGCAAAGAAUGGCAGGUUUUUGUGUUGGCUUUCACGUUUCUGCUGCUCUUCCUUGGCAACUUCCUCACUACUCUCAAAGUGGUGCACACUAAACUCCAGAAAAACAAAGACAAAAUGAAGAAACAG